CGUAAUAAUGAUGGAUUUUUCUUCUUGGGUAUGUUCCCUUGUUAUUGGGCUUUAAACCGAACGGCGGAACGGAAUGUAUUGUCCUUGCAAUACGAACGACGAAACGGGAGAAAAAAGGGAGGGGCUUGCUCACUGCUAGCUCGUGCAGAUAUUGUGUGCUGUGCUGGGCGGCCGGCAGCAAUAAGCAGUAGUGUAAUGUAUUGUGGUGUAGUGACGAAAGAAAGAACAACUGUGCCUAGCCAAGGACGUUGUUCUUGUCCAUGCCGUGUAGUUAGUCAUGAGGCCCCUGUCCCUGUUGGCGUCUUUGCAACGGCUGGUGGCAUCGACCACACGCAAGCCACUAUUCUCUCUGUCGUUGCUUUUUCUCAACGCAUUUUUCCCUGUCAUUGUGGGAGGGGAGGGGGCGGUUUAUGCAUCUCAGUCGGCCGCCACCAUUGCGUUAUAUUUCUCUCUCUCGCUCUCUCCGUGAUCGGCUGCCCUGGCACAGACAGACAUCUUGUCUCUUUCUCCUCUUAUGGGCUCAGUCACAAUCACACCAUUGAUCACACGAAUCUGGUCAGGAAGUGCGAAGAGGAACAAUCUUCAAUAAAAGUCUGGAGGCUGGGUCUAGACUCUGAAAUCUCAAAAACAAAAGCCGCGUUGUGACUGUGGCUGAUUUUCUGCCUUGAGUGUAAAACGGUGCGGGGGUGUAAAAUAAACGUUAU